AAGCUUUUAUAUAAUAGUGAGCAUGUGUCUGCACGUGAGCUGGUCCUUUAAGAAGGAAGCUGCCUUGGGCUGGUGGAAGAAGGGGGAUCCAGGGAAAAGGCAGCCCCACGGCUAUACAGGGUGCAGAGGUUAAAUUUAUUGGCAUUUUGAUCGCAAGUAUGGUCAUUUCACACCCUCUCCCUGAAGGCUUCACUGAAUUAGAGGUGUUUGCCAUCGGCACUGCCUUGCUGGUAGAAGCCCUGCUUGGGUUCUGUCUGAAUGGCUUGACAAUUAUUUCUUUCCGAAAAAUCAAAGAACUCCGAACACCCAGUAAUCUGCUGGUUCUCAGCAUUGCACUGGCUGACUGUGGGAUCUGCAUCAAUGCGUUCAUUGCUGCCUUUUCCAGCUUCCUAAGGUACUGGCCUUAUGGCUCUGACGGCUGUCAAAUUCACGGAUUCCAGGGCUUCCUGACAGCACUAGCCAGCAUCAGCUCCAGCGCUGCAGUUGCCUGGGACCGCUAUCAUCACUACUGUACAAGAAGUAAGCUGCAGUGGAGCACAGCGAUCUCAACAGUGGCAUUUGUGUGGCUGUUUGCUGCAUUUUGGUCUGUGAUGCCCUUGCUGGGGUGGGGUGAAUAUGAUUACGAGCCUCUCCGCACCUGCUGCACAUUGGACUACAGCAAAGGAGACAGAAACUAUGUGACAUUCCUUUUUGCUCUGUCCAUUUUCAAUUUCAUGAUCCCGGGCUUCAUCAUGCUGACAGCCUAUCAAUCCAUACAUCAGAAGUUCAAGAAGAGUGGGCAGUAUAAGAUUCCUGCCGUUAUUGCCAAGAGCGUGCCAACAGUGGAUGCCUUUGUGUAUGCCCUGGGCAACGAGAACUACAGAGGAGGAAUAUGGCAAUUCCUCACAGGACAGAAGAUUGAGAAAGCAGAGGUUGAUAACAAAACUAAAUAACCCAUUACAACAUUAAGCCAAAUUAAUGCAGGUACAUCACUGAAAGCAAAACAGUAGAGGAAACCAUGUGCAUUCUCUGAUAUGUGCAUACGAAGGCGGUUCCACAUUGGAAAGGCUGUGCAUUGGCUACAAGCAACGAAGCAUUGAAAGAAAGCCCCACAGACAACUGUUCAAACUAUCAUGAGCUGCUUGUCAAACAAGCUGCCUUAAGCCUGUAUUGGUUGUUGUCAGUCUCAUUUUAUAUGUUACCGCAAAUAAACCAUGUGCUACAAAGCGUUUUUUUUUCCUCUCUAGACUAGCCAGAAAAUUAACCGAAGUAGGGUAUUUGUUUAUCCAGUGAGGCCUACCCAUAUUAAUCUGUGUGUGGUUUGUCCAUAUGGUAAUGUCUGGAUUACUAAAGGAUUAAAGGAGAAUCCAGAGUUAUACCACAUGUCUGCAUAAAUAGCUUGUUCAUCUGAGCAAUGCAUUUUCAAUGCACCCAAAAUGGUAGUUCCCAAGUUUUCCCGGAUGAAUCUGCCUUCUUAAUUCUAUCAAAACAUUUCAGUAGACAUAAAUAAGGAAUAUUAGCUUGGCUUCUAUUCAAAUGAAUUAGUGUGCAACAUUCAGCUUAGUCGCACACUAAACUGUAUCAGAUUUUGCAGCUGCUACUCACCAG